GUUGCGGCGUUGCAUUUAGCCAUUUACCACCGGUUAAAUUAGCCACUGCGAGCUCUCGAACACGGUUGAUCCUGAGGGGUGCAGAGUUGCUUCGAGGCAUUUCCACCGUGGGAUCAGUCAACAAUCGUCAUAAGACUUUUCUCACUGACUAUGGCAGCUAAGAAAUCAAGGACUUGCCGGACUAGAGUGGUGCCCAGCCGGAGCUAUGACCACCGGCCGUCAAGUUCUAUGGCGGGUAGGAGACCCUCGCACUUCUUCAAGGUCAUACUCCCAUCUACCAUUCGCGACAGGAAACUGAGGAUCCCUGUAAAGUUUGUAAUGGAAUUUGGGGAUGAAUUGUCUGCUGUGGCUACGCUCACCGAUCACUAUGGUAAUUUUUGGCAAGUGGGAUUGGAGAAAGCCAACAACGGGAUUUGGUUUGAUGAUGGUUGGCAGGAUUUUAUGGAAUACCAUUCUAUUCAUUAUGGCUACUUUGUAGUCUUCAGAUAUGAAGGAAAUUCAAAAUUCCAUGUUCUUGUAUUUGAUAAUACUGCAACUGAAAUUCCAUCUACAUGGAGCAAGGAUGGUGAAUUGGAAGAUCUGGUGGAUGUAAUGGAAUCAGAUGAUGCAAAAAAAUCAAGGCAUGACAAGUUGAAACAAGAAAAUGAAAUGUCUGACCCAGAUAAGCUGUCUGCAAAACAUGAAGUAGAUAGAGGAAGAUACAGUAGGGAAAGAUUUUCUGGCACAUCUUCAAAAGGAAGAGUCUUGAUGCCCACAAGAAGAGAGAGAGCGAUCGAAGCAGCGAGAAUGUUGAAGCUUGAAAGUCCUUCAUUCAUGGCCUUUGCGGGGAAAGAGAAUAUAGGUGGAAUUUGUUCUUUGUAUGUGCCUAGUGGAUUUGCUAAAAAGUAUCUUAUUGGGCAUGAGUCUGUCGAACUCCAGACUUCUGAUGGAAAACAUUGGCAUGCCUGGUGCCGUAACAAGUGCUCAUCACCUAAUGCAAGGACUUUAGGGUGGGCUCAGUUUUGCAGAGACAAUAAUUUAGAAGGAGGAGAUGUGUGUGUCUUUGAGCUGAUCAAGAGGAACCCUGUUGUGCUUAACGUCUCAAUAUUUCACCUGGCUGACUAUGCUGUGAAGCAACAUGUCCAUCUGCUAGCUGGAGAUGCUUUAAAUGGGUACUGUUGCAUCAUGCAUGCCUAUAGAACAGAGGGUAACUUGCAUGAGAGUGGCUCUAAAAGCUUGUCUACCCAUCUUGCCUGCACCAUAUCAGUGACAUCACCUGAAAAUAAUCUGUUCACUGUCUCUAUUGACCACUUUCACGGGAACAGAUCAAGGACUCGCCGGACUCCAGUGGUGCCCAACCGGAGCUAUGAUCGCCGGCCAUCUAGUUCUAUGGGUGGAAGGAAACCCACGCACUUCUUCAAGAUCAUACUCCCCUCUACCGUUCACGACAAGAAAUUGAGAAUCCCUGAAAAGUUUGUAAUGGAAUUUGGGGAUGAACUGUCUGCUGUUGCUACACUCACUGUUCCCAAUGGUCAUUUUUGGCAAGUGGGGUUGGAGAAAGGCAACAACGAGAUUUGGUUUGAUGAUGGUUGGAAGGAGUUUAUGGAAUACCAUUCAAUUUAUUAUGGCUACCUUUUAGUCUUCAGAUAUGAAGGAAAUUCAAAAUUCCAUGUUCUUGUACUCGAUACUACUGCAACUGAGAUUGAGUAUCCAUUGAGCAAGGAUUGUAACAUGGAAGAUGAGGCGGACACAAUGGAAUUAAAUGAUGCAACAGAAUCAAGGCAUGACAAGGUGAACGAAAAUGAAAUAUCCAACUCAGAUAAGCUGUCUGCAAAACCUGAAGUGGAUAGAGAAAGAUAUGUUGGUGAAAGAUUUUGUGGCACAUCCAGCCGAGAGAGAGCAAUCCAAGCAGCAAAAAUGUUGAAGCCUGCAAGUCCUUCGUUCAUGAGAAUCUUGCGGCCCUAUCAGAUAGUGCAAUCUAUUUUGUAUGUGCCUGUUGGAUUUGCUAUCGAGCAUCUUACUGGGGGUGAUCAGUUUGUCAAGCUUCAGACUACUGACGGAAAACAAUGGGAUUCCUGGUGCUAUGGCCAUACAGUUUCAAGUAAAGCAAAGAAUAUAGGGUGGACUCAGUUUUGCAGGGACAAUGAUUUAGAAGCAGGAGAUGUGUGUGUCUUUGAGCUGAUCAAGAUGAACCCUGUUGUGCUUAACGUCUCAAUAUUUCGCCUGGCUGACUAUUGACUAAGCAGUGAACUAAAUAUGUCUGACUUACAAGAUAACUUGUCUAAACUCAGGAUCUGGUGAUAUU